UGCGGGCACCGAGUCGUCUGGCAAGGCUGCGGGGGCACCGAGUCGUCUGGCAAGGCUGCGGGCACCGAGUCGUCUGGCAAGGCUGCGGGCACCGAGUCGUCUGGCAAGGCUGCGGGCACCGAGUCGACUGGCGGAACAGCGGGCACCGAGUCGUCUGGCAAGACUGCGGGCUCCGAGUCAACAGGCACGACAGUGGGCACCGGGUCAUCAGGUAUCGGAUUGUCUGGCUCGACAGCGGGCAUCGGGUCACCAGGCAUCAGGUCAUUUGGCUUGCCAGCGGGCACCGCGUCAUCUGGCAAGGCAGUGGGCACCGGGUCACCAGGUAUGACAGCGGGCUCUGAGUCAAUUGGCACGACAGCGGGCACUGGAUCAGGUACCGGAUCAUCUGGAUCAACAGCGGGCAUCGAGUCAACUGGC